AUGCAUUUGCGAUCUUCAUCUUAAGGAGUGAGUCCAUAAAUAGAGAUUUUGUAAUCUGAACGUACCCUUCUAAAUACACCAGUGACGCAGAGUGCAUUAUUUAAGACAUUUACUGAAAUGCCGAAAGCGUACCAUAACAAAGUAGAUUUAGUAAGGCAUUCUCAAAAACAAUAUUGCGAAUACCAUCUCCAAGAGCCAGACUGAUGAUGUAAUUAACCCAUAACAAAGUUUAACGUGAAUAAAUAAUUUCAUAAAUGACAGAAAGACACUAAGAAGUUAUAUCAGAUGCAUUAGAUUAAGGAAAUCAAAAAAAAUUAAAAAUCAGAGUUGUAUAAAAAUUAAAAAGGAGAGAUCAUUCCCCAAAAAAGAGAGUAAACCUAAAAGAAGGAGCUAGAGGUACUAAUAUUAAUUAUUGUAGUGUACUAAAUGCCUAAUUUAGCAUUACCAACAGUAGAAGCUGAAAUUGAUCAUCCUCCUUAGUUGACAUUCUAUGGUGAAACUUAAGAAUUUUUUAGAAGUGCAAGGAGUUUUAGACCUUCUUUUACUGAAAGUGGAUCAAUGGCAUUAUAUGGAGAUUCACUAUAUUUAUAUGGAGGAAUAGCAGGAGAUGGAAUUAGAGAUUAAAUGCUUAGAUUUGAUUUAAGUAACUCUAUUAUUUAAGUAGGAUUUUAGGAUUGGCAUGUAGUAAAUGGUUAGGGUGAAAUGCCAAAAAAUGGUAGAGCAGCUUUAACAGUAGUGGCUUUAAGGAAUCAUUUUAUCUAUUUUGGGGGGUCUUGUAAAUUUAAUACAAAAUUGAAAAUAAGAGAAUGCUUUAACACUGUUUUUGAUUACAAUGCUAGUACAAGGUUUUGGGAGAAGCUUAAUGUAUAAGGAGAUUACAUAGAACCAAGAAGACAUCAUAAAGCAUGUUUGUAUGGAUGGAAAUGGAUGCUUGUAUAUGGAGGAGUUAACAGCAAUGAAUAAGUUUUAAAUGAUACUGCUUUAUAUAAUAUAGAAAAAAUGAUAUGGAAAUAAUGGGAUGUCAAAUCAACACCUAUUUGUUGUCAUUCUAUCAUCAAUAUUUCUUUAUCCUCAAAAUUUAAUGAUAAUACUACUGAUCUAAUUCCAGUUGAAACUAUUUAUUCAUUCGGAGGUAAAAAUCAAGAUGGAAAUUCUACUAAUUAAAUGAAGAAGUUAAUCUUUUAUCCUAAUACUACUACGGCUAUAGCUUGGGAGACUGUUUAAACUGAAGGUAAACCACCUAUGCCUUGUCAUAAUCAUACUAUGGAAUUUAUAAAGAAAAUAUAAGGUAUCAUUAUUUUAGGAGGUUAAAGAGAUUAAAUAAUUAAUGGAUGUCUAGAAUCAAGUGAAUGUUUUAUUUUUUACCCUUCAUUAAAUUUAUGGUAAUAAGUUGUAAUUGAAGGUAUAAAUGUACCAAGAUGUGCUCAUAAUUCAGUAUUACUUAGUUCAAAGAUAGCAGUCUUUGGGGGAAUAGGAAAUGGUAGAUAUCUAGAGCCUUUAAUUAAUUAUAUCGAAACAGAUUAGACUCAAGUUUAAGCCAGAGUUACAAAAGAAUAGUUUACUAAGAGAUAGAAUUAAUAUUUAAUGAAAUCUUAGAAGAAUAGUUUAGAGAAGAUGGAAUCACUUACUUAUUCUCCAAGACAAUUUACUUCAUUUCAUAGUGAAGGAUAUAAAGGAUAGGGAUUCAGAAUUAAUACAAAACGUCUCUCUUGUCUUCCUUAAUCUACUAGAUCAUAUUUACCAUAAAAAAGACAAGUCUUAGUAAGAUAUGAUAUAUUAAUUGGGUUUGUUAAACAAAUUAUCAAAGAGAACUUGGAUAUUUUAAAUAAUUUUGAUAAAUUUAUGAACCAAUAAUCAUUAUAAUGA